GUCCUUGACCGGUGAUGGGCGGGCCGUUGUGCGGGAGAUAUGCGUCCCUCCUAGGGGACGUCCAAUAAGGCCCCAAGCCGCUCCUCCAUUCUGUAAUGAUCCAGCCCCGGUAGUUGUCUGAAGCGGGAUGUGCGAGUAGAAUUGAGACUUGAAUGAAUAUGUGGAAUGUAUGUUGUCGUAAAUAAAUGGGUGUGGGCGCCCAGGCUGCGAAGGUCCUUCUGCUCCCAGUGGUAGAUUGGUAUUCUUAGUCUGUGAGAAGACCUCAACCCUCUCUAUUUCCCUCGAUCGAGACGGUGCAUAUCCGAUACACUGCUUGCAUUACGGGCAUAAUUAGAGGCUGUAGAGCAUCAACACCAUGCUUUCACCCACGCAACUUCUCCUCCUCCCUCCAACCCUCCUCCUCUGCCUGGUCAUCCGCCGUAUCCUCACAAACUUCUUCUUCCACCCCCUCUCCUCCUUCCCAGCACCAUUCUACACCCGCCUAACCUCCCUCCCCCUUGCCGCCCUCUCCCUCCUCGGCCGUGAGCCCGAAUUCCUCCACAACCUCACCAAGAAAUACCCCCCCUCCACCCGCGCCAUCCUCAUCACCCCCACCCUCCUCUUCUUCCCCCACGCCUCCUCCCUCAAACCCAUCUACUGGUCCCCAACCCAUAACCACAAGGGCUCCCUCUACGGCACCGGCGCCCUCGGCCCAACCUCCCUCUUCUCCACCAUACCCGCCGAAGACCACAAAUCCCUCCGCAAAUCCCUCGGCGGCACUCACUGGAGCGUCUCCUACCUCAAAACCUUCCAGGAACCCCGCAUCGACAACCUCGUCACCUUCUUCGUCAACCAACUCUCCCUCCUCCCACCCGAUCAUGAGCCCUUCCAAAUGGGUGAGAAGCUCGCCCAGUUCGCCGCCGAUGUCAUGACCCUCCUCGUGUUUGGCAAACCAUGGGGCUUCAUCGCCCACGACCGUGACGAGCGCCGGCUUUUAUCCGCCUUUCGCGAGUCCCUCCCCAUGUUUGCCUUCGCCGCGAGGUGCAACAGCUUCCGGGAGCUGAUUCUUUCAUCGCCGUGGAUAAGGGGCUUGAUCAUGCCCAAGGUGGAUGACAAGACGGGAAGCGGGUAUCUGGCCUCACAAGCCAAACUUGCCGUUGCCCAGCGGGAACAAGAACGAGAACAAGGGAUCGGGGGGGAGGGGAAAAUGAGGGAUUACCUCGACUAUACCUUUGACGCACGAGAUGGGAACGGCGAGCCGUUGACCAGGGCGCAAAAGGAGGCCCACGCCACGCUUCUGAUCCAGGCCGGGGCAGACACAACGGGUAGCGGGCUCGGGGCGGUGCUGAGAUUGAUGCUGGAGCACGGCGAGUGUAUGAAAAAGGCAAGAAGGGAGAUCGAGGUGGCAGAUGAGAAGGGUUUGCUGUCUACGCCGGUGUUGUAUGAGGAGACCAAACAGCAUCUGCCGUAUUUUGUUGCUUGCAUCAAGGAGGGACUGAGAGUCAACCCUCCUGCUCCGAAUCUGUUCGGUCGCAUUAUUCUCGAAAAGGGCGGCACCGUCAUUGACGGGGUGCAUGUUCCUCAAGGAGCAGAGGUGUGCAGCAAUCCAUACGUCGUGGGUCGUGAUCCCGAGUUGUAUGGCCCCGACGCCGAGGCUUUCGAGCCUGAGAGGUGGCUUAAUGGCAACGAGAAACGUCGAGCCGAGAUGGAGGCGGCGAAUUUCGUGUUCAGCAUGGGACCAAGAGUUUGUCUGGGGAAGGAAAUUGCCAUGAUGGAGAUGUACAAGGUUUUGCCCGAGAUUGUGAGAAGGUUUGACUUUGAGGUUGUCUCGGCUGGCAAAUAUGUUGAUCGAGGGGGCGUGGCGUGCAACAAAGACUUCAUGGUGAGAGUGCGGCGAAGGGCUUAG